AUGUCCCACGUUGACGGUGUCUUCAGCCUCGCCGCUCACGCUCAUAACCUUGUCUCUACGUCGCCUGCUCCCGACGCUCCUGAGGUAAUCUGGCAGACUUGGGCCACGGCAUUUUCGGCUUAUGAGUCCCGGUUGGUGCGCGAUCAUCCUACCUGUGCCACAUCGCUCUCUUUUGAGGCCAAUUCCAUAUAUGACUGGCUAAUGCUGAACGCGAGUCCUGACUUCCACUGGGUUAAAGGGCUCGUCCCUCCUACAUUUGUCGGCUACGCUCCGUUUCACGAGGCGGUUGGCCUGCGUCGCACUCCUGCUGAGCUUUCAGAAAUUAUGCAAGAGAUUGUCACAUCCGCCGAUCGCGGUGACUUUGACAAUCUUUCCGAGGGUCGCAUUUAUGCUUGCAACCGCUUUUUGGUGGCCUACAUCGAAGGCGACCUCUUCGUUGAUCGGCGCGACCAGGCGUACCUUGGUCGGACUCGUCCGAUCGAGAACUGGUGGGCCGAGCAUGACCUAAAGCACAUUCCUCCACCUUCAGCUGCCUCAGUCGUGAUUGCGGAGAUCCUACAGGGGGUGGUCAAACGCGAAGCGGAAGUGGUCGCAGUCCCUUCAAAGGUGUUAUCACGUUCUGCGUCCAUCGCGAGUGUGGUGUCCUCUGUGGUUACUGCCAAAUCAACCGAGUCAGAUACACUGCACGAAUACUAUUCCACUGUCCAUGCUCUCCCAAAGCACGUGCAGAUCGUGUUCGUUCCUGGCCUAGUGCUCCAAAUGCCUGAUGGACGGCAACUGCAUUAUCAUGCCCUCCGAGAAUGGUGGGCAGGCCUGUGUCUGUUGCCGAGUGUCGCACCUCAAGUGCUCGUUCGUUCAAUUGCCCUCCACUAUUCGAUGAGCGAUCCCGCUACCCCGUCAUCCUCUCUGUGUCCUGCAACCCCAGUUACUUCUCCACGCAAGGCGACAGACCUGAAGGACGCCAUCAUGGGCAUCGUUUACGCCACUUGGGAGGCGUUGCGUGAGGCUGAGCCUCUCGAUCCAUCUGUGGAUCUCGAGUUCUUGAUACGUUGA